AUUUUGCAAAAUUUUUUUAUGAAAAGAAUAUAUAAACGCAAUUGGUGCCGUGUUAUUCAAAAUCAACAAUAAUGGAUAGUUCAAUGGCGUUGGGCGUAUUUCGCAACGCCAACAUUGAAAGUGUCGAUUCAGAUAACGACAUGGAUAUGGAUGAUAUUGACUCGAUGUUUCGAGCUUCUACACUGUCCACAGUUUUGACCACCACAACGACAUCUGCACCGGACAGCGGACAGUCAGUGUCGAUGAAUAAUUUUUAUCCUGCUUUAGUACAAUGUUUCGGCAUAAUCAUUUGUGGUUAUAUCGCUGGUCGUUUUAAAAUCAUUUCAAAUUCCGAAACUAAAGGCCUAGGCACCUUCGUGGGUACAUUUGCGUUGCCAUCACUAAUCUUUCUGUCGCUGGUCGAGCUUGAUUGGAGUACUGUAAAUUGGACUUUUCUGCUGGCAAUGGCAAUUUCUAAGACUAUCGUUUUCUUUGCUGUGCUGAUAAUUUCACUGCUCAUAACACGCCCGCUCAACUAUGCUCGCGCCGGUUUGCUGAGUAUUUUCUGUACGCAGAGUAAUGAUUUUGCGAUUGGUUACCCUAUAGUAUUGGCCUUAUACCAAGAUGUGCAUCCGGAAUAUGCUUCUUACUUGUACUUGAUGUCUCCCAUUUCAUUAGCGCUGCUCAAUCCCAUCGGUUUGGUACUAAUGGAAAUAUCCAAAAUCAUACAAACUAAAGCCGAAGUGGCUCAGGAAUCGCUCAACUGUCCGGACAGUUGUCCUGCCGAACAAUUGACAAAGCGCGCUCGCUGUUUAAGUGAAAACCAAUUGCUUGUUUUGCAUACGCUUCAAUCGCUAUUUUUCAAUCCCAUGUUACUAAUGACGCUGCUUGGCGUUGGCGGCGCAUUUGUCUUUCCGAACGGUAUGCCCGAGGUAAUGGCGAGUGUAUUGCGUGUCUUCGGUCAAUCCUUCUCGGCGACAGCGCUUUUUCUGCUGGGCUUGAAAAUCGUUGGGCAAGGUGGUUCAUUACGUGGCUCAGGCUUUCUGCUCCCCGGUAUCUUGAUAUUGGUUAAAAUAUUGGUACUACCACUAGUGUGCCGACAGACAGUAAACAUCAUGCAGGCGGGUACAGAUUUCAAUGACACAACUGAAUUGAGUACUUUCGGAUUUUUGUAUGGUACAUUCCCGUCAGCUCCGGGCGCAUUUGUGAUCGCUACACAAUAUAAUGUCGAAGUAGAAUUGGUCGCUACGGGCAUGGUGCUUUGCACUUUCAUCUCGGCGCCACUAAUGUUCAUCUCGGCUAAAAUGAUUUCACUGACAAAUUUGAAUCCAGUAGAUUAUAUACAUGAGUUGGAUAUAUUUUCAUUUGACAUAAGCGUUGCCGGUGUUGCUGCCUGUGGUUGGGUUCUGUUAUUGUUAAUUGUGACAAAACGUUUCAGACGCAUGCCGCAACGUAUAACAUUUUGCUUGGUGCUUUCACAAUUAAUGUGCUGCUUGGCGGUAAUAAUCUGGGCGAAAUUCGAUCACGUGGAAAAGUGGGUGAUAUACUUGCAGUUUAUUCUCUUCAAUAUGGGGUCGUUUAGUAGUCGAUUAUGGACAGCCAUUUUGGCAAUUACCUUGUUGUUCCUGCAAUGUCGUAGUUUGUGCUUUGUGCUGAAAAUGUGGCCUUACAUGAUCGCUCUUGCUUGGGGUAUACCUGCUAUUAUCUCAGCUCUACUAAUCGCUUUGGAUAGCCAGAUUAUAUCGCCUGAUAAACAUAAUCCUAGUUUUCAAUUUGGCACUGCGCAGGCAGCUGUCACCGUGUUUAUGCUUGUUAUGUGCUUCUGCGUAACUGUCGGCUGUUUAGUUAUGCAUCAACGUUACAAGAAGCGUUAUGAAAAAUACUUAACAUAUACCCGCGAGCUAUCCAACCCUGAUUCGGAACCUUCUGACUUACAAUCGACCAUUUCGACUGCAAAUUUACUUUCGAAUACGGAGGGUGCCCGUGUUGCCAACGGCAGUGCGCCUACACAAAGACGCCGUUACGCAUCCUAUUCAUCUUCUGAUGACGAGGAUAUCAUUUCAACGGCAGAUAAUGAUGCGGGCGCGAUUGUUAGCGGCUGCGGUGGUGAUAAUGGCACUUGUUGUUCCACCAUUACCGCUCCAACAACUACAACUGUUGUUGUAGAUAUUGAAGAUUUGCUUCAGCGACGCCAAUCGGCCUCAAAUCCAACAGCAGAAGAUGGAACACGACAAAGAAACGUUGAUAAAGCAAUCACUCCAUCGACAGAUCAAUUCGAGGAUGAAAACCUUGGCAUACGUUCAGGCAUUUGUAGUCCGGCCUUUAACUGUGGCGCUAGCUCUUCGCGUCAAAGUUGUCAAACUAUUAUUGAGCGCUAUCAAGACCAAUCACGUCGUGGUUUAGAACCGUUGGAGUGCCCCAGUGAUGCUGACGAACAUCAAACUUUGAAGCAUACAGUAUUGUUGAUCUUGCUGCUGUGUUCAAUGUUUGUGGGUUUGGCUGUAUCUAUAUGGACUCUGGUCAUGGAUGGAAUGUCUGGUAUUUAUCUGGAAUUAAGUUUUCUCGACGCUUUCUUGAAUUUCGGUCAGAGUUUAAUCGUGUUGGCAGUGUUUAUCACUGAUACUAGUGAGGUGCUGACACCUUUGGUAAAAAUUUGGCGCAAAUUAUGGUACGGCGCAAAUGUACUGACCUUGCCACACUGGUCAAGCCUCAGUCCGGAAACCAAACAUAUUUGCGAACAAUUCCGCAAUCAUCACUUGGAUAAUUGUAAAAAAGAUAUUGCCAAGGAUCGAAGGUGGCGUAUUAAAGUCUAUCGCAGAGUAUUUUACGGCACCGAAUUCGUGGAUUGGCUGAUCGAAGUGGGUCUUUCAAAGGACCGGCUGGAGGCUGUGCACUAUGCCAGGCACUUAGUGGACGGGCGUGUUCUGCGCCAUAUAAAUAAUGUAUACCAAUUUGAAGACAAGCAGCUCCUAUAUAAUUUCUGUGCACGCAUGCAAAAUAAUUCUUAAGUGUGGAGCAAUAAAAAGCUAGAAAUUAUUGUAAUUAUACGAGUAUAUACAUACAAUGAAUGGAGAACUCGAGUUUAAUACCUCCAAGCUAGAAACGAUGCAUUGGACGUGGUGCUGUGAUGCGUGUCAAAUAUUUUGUAUAAGUUCACUUAUUAUCUUACAUAGAUAUAUAAUAUAAUAUUUUAGUUUGGAAAGUUACUGGCGUAAGCAGCCAUUUACGUGAUUAACUUUAAUGAUAUCUUCCCACUUAGCUGCUGCAGUUAGUUAAUGUUUGGUAUAAUUGAUUUAUUGUUAUUGUGGCUAAAUGUAAACUCUUAUUAAGUGUUAGGAAUUUGCAAUAACUAGUCGACCUAGUUUUAAUUGCCCCUAUCCACAUGCAUGUGCAUGUAUGUAAAACUCACGUCACAAAGAUUUAUAAGCUUUCAAUUAAUUUUAUUUUAAUUGUGCAAUAUUAAGUAUUUUGAUUUUAAGAUUGAUUACGCAAAUGUUUUUUGUUUUAUUUUUAUUGAAUUGUACGUACGUACAUGUUAUGCCAAAUAUCUAUUGUAAAUUAUAAUAGAAAUCAUGUAAAUCAUGUAUACAAUAUUUUAAGAAAGAAAGAGUUGCGUAUUUUAAAGAGAGAAGAAAUAAAAUUGUAAUAUAGACAAAAAUAUGCUUAGGAUAAGUUGAUACAGUUGAUUGUGAUUGCUUUUAAGCAUUGAUUUAAUCUGUUUUGGAUACAAGUCAUCAAUGAGCAGAUGUAAUGAAAAUUUAUUAUAAUACAUUAAGGCCAUAAAAAAUAAAUAAACAAUAAUUUGCUAUGGUCACAAAGAAGCUGAUAAAAUGCACAA